CAGGCAUUCGCUCUGCCUGAGCCCCAGUUUGAACUGGAAUCUACUUUGCUGGGGCACCCAGUUCAGAAGCCAAUUCCAGACAACCGUUCCUCGGCCGCCUGCUUGCCAGGGGCUCUUUCUAGAGGAGUGUGUUAUUGAUGGACUGGAUGAAACCUAGAGUUGGGGUCCUGGGACCAUGGGUCCCUCUGCUGACUGUCUUCCUGCUGGGGGUCUGCCAGGCACACCCCAUCCCUGACUCCAGCCCCCUCCUCCAGUUUGGGGGUCAAGUCCGGCAGAGGCACCUCUACACAGAUGACGACCAGGGCACUGAAGCCCACCUGGAGGUCAGGGAGGAUGGCACAGUGGUAGGCGCCACACUCCGCAGCCCAGAAAGUCUCCUGGAGCUCAAAGCCUUGAAGCCAGGGGUCAUUCAAAUACGGGGUGUCAAGGCCUCUAGGUUUCUUUGCCAACAGCCAGAUGGAGCGCUGUAUGGAUCGGUUCACUUCGAUCCUGAGGCCUGCAGCUUCAGGGAGCUGCUUCUGGAGGAUGGAUACAAUGUCUACCAGUCUGAAGCCCAUGGCCUGCCCCUGCGCCUGCCUAAGAGCGACUCUCCAAGCCAGGGCCCAGCAGCCUGGGGACCUGUGCGUUUCCUGCCUCUGCCAGGCCAGCUCCACCAACCUCAGGAGCCACCAGGGUUCCUGGCCCCAGAACCCCCCGAUGUGGGCUCCUCUGACCCCCUGAGCAUGAUGGGGCCAUUGCAGGGCCGAAGCCCCAGCUAUGUUUCUUGA